UUUUUAGAUGACGGAGCGAGAGCAGGGGUAAAUACAGUACUAAACACUGCUGAAAAAGAAAACUGAGACGUAUCUGCUCCUUCUGACCUCUUUAACUCCUUGUCUCUAGCUCCGUGUCGUCUUCAUUCACCACCCAACAAAAGACAAAAAGGAAAAGGAAGUAAACGCAGAGAGCAGAGUUAGUUUAAGCGAGACCUAAAUCCUGCUUCCCUGCACGGUGCUCGCCUUUUCAAUUCUUGUCAAGAACCAGUUUGGAUCGAAUUCCCGCUUCCUGGGACUCGUAUACAUGCAAAUACAACAGUACGUUACAUCUUUAUUUGAGUAAACAGUGCGGUAGUGGUGAUAAACAAGACACGAGGGAAUAAAGAUUUGAUUUUUAGAGCCAAGGAAUAUGAGCAGUCAUUUGGCACCGGCGGCGCCACUGCCCAAAAGAAACAGUAUGGUUCAGAAGAACCGCAAUCCGUCAACAGUCAGAAAACCGUCCGCUCCUUCUGAGAAUGGGAGCGGCACCGCUAACGGCGCCAACGUUAAACCCACCUCUCCAUCUCACUCGUCUUUUAAUGGGGAGAGAACGGUUAAGAAGCUGAGGCUGUCAAAGGCAUUGACAAUUCCAGAGGGCACAACUGUAUCUGAUGCUUGUCGCCGCAUGGCAGCUAGGCGUGUGAAUGCUGUCCUACUCACAGAUGCCAACGCACUGCUAUCUGGCAUUGUCACUGACAAGGAUAUUGCUACCAGAGUUAUAGCUGAAGAACUGAGGCCUGAACAGACGAUAGUUUCAAAGGUCAUGACAAGGAACCCUAUAUUUGUAACCUCUGAUAUGUUGGCUAUUGAGGCUCUUCAGAAGAUGGUCCAAGGAAAAUUUCGCCACCUUCCUGUUGUUGAAAAUGGUGAAGUUAUAGCUUUAUUAGAUAUCACAAAAUGCCUUUAUGAUGCUAUAUCAAGAAUGGAGAAGGCUGCAGAGCAGGGCACUGCUAUUGCAGCAGCUGUUGAAGGAGUGGAACGUCAAUGGGGAAACAGUUUGGCUGCCCCGUCAGCUUUUGUUGAAAUACUUAGGGAGCGCAUGUUCAAACCUGCUUUGUCCACAAUCAUUUCAGAAAAUGCUAAGGUCGCAAUAGUGUCCCCAUCAGAUCCUGUGCAAAUUGCUGCUAAGAAGAUGCGUGAGCUGCGGGUUAAUUCAGUCAUAGUUAUAACAGGGAACAAGAUGCAGGGAAUAUUAACUUCUAAGGACAUCCUGAUGCGUGUAGUGGCCCAAAAUCUCUCCCCCGAGCUUACAUUGGUGGAAAAGGUAAUGACACCAAACCCUGAAUGUGCAACUUUAGAUACAACAAUCCUUGAAGCUCUACAUAUUAUGCAUGAUGGGAAGUUUUUGCACCUUCCUGUUGUAGACAGAGAAGGAAGUGUUGUAGCAUCUCUAGAUGUGUUGCAGAUAGCUCAUGCAUCAAUUUCCAUGGUGGAGAGUAGUUCUGGUACUGUUAAUGAUGCUGCAAAUACAGUAAUGCAAAAGUUCUGGGAUUCAGCUCUUAAUCUGGAUCAAUCAGAUGAAUGUGACACUCAAAGUGAGCCGUCUAUGUCUGGUGCACUGACAUCUGAUUGGACAGAAACCGGGAGGUCCUCAUAUCCAUCCCUUGGUCUUGGAAAUUUAUUCACCUUCAAAUUUGAGGACCGAAAAGGGCGCGUACACAGAUUUAGUUUUGGUUCAGAAAGCUUAGCUGAGCUAAUUACUGCUGUUAUGCAAAGGGUGGGGACAGCUGAUGAUCAUGAUCACCCACAACUUUUGUAUGAAGACGAUGAAGGUGACAAAGUUCUGCUGACAACUGAUACGGAUCUUAUUGGUGCUGUUUGCCAUGCGAGAUCAGUGGGAUUGAAGGUCUUGAGGUUGCAUCUGGACUUCUCGGAUUCUUCUUACAAAGAGACAAAAAAGGAAGAACCUACUUCCACCACCAGUACAGUACACGCUGGACUGGUCCCUGUCCAUGCUGCUAUUUUGGCUGGAGCAGUUGUACUAACAAGUGUUGGUGUAUUAACUUACAUGAAGCGCUCAAAUACAUGAUCUAAGGGGAGUCAUUAAUUUUGGUUCCAGAGUGCUCCUCGCCUCCUCAUGCUCUUUUUUGUGAAAUUUGUUGAGUAUGCCUAUACAAAGAUUAUCUGGUAAUUGAUAAUGUCUGUACAAGUAGGUGGACACUAUGCAGUGAUCCCUGAAAGAGUGAAAAUCAUCUCUCUGCACAAAUUCCUCAUUUCUGAGCUUGAUAAAAAACAGUAGAAACAUUACAUCUGUUAGUGAGAUGAUGCGGGUAAUACUGAAAUCUGGACUGCAUUUUUCAUUCCUCUCAGCAAUGAUAGGUAUGUGGUUUUGUUAGUCAUAAUAUGACUAAAUGGUUUCAAGUAUUUUAUGUAUUUGGUUACUUGCCAAGUUUGUUGACAACUGAAGCCUGAAGGUCAAACGAGUCUUUAUACUACAUAUAUCAUGUAGGGAAUAUGUAGUUUUGUUCCCAAGCAAAAUGUUCAUGUGUGAAGCUCUGUUUCAUUGCUUGCUAAUUGGGUGAUAUAGAGGAUUGAUUAUCUCCUGAUUCUGGAACUGGCCGUACAAAUAAUAGUUUGUUUCCUCCAAAAAAUCCAGAGUUGGUCUAAGCUUGUUUGGUUCUUCCAAAAUGCCUUAUGAAAUCCAGACAUGGAGCGUACUAGUUAUUUCUGAUUACACACAAGGCCUACUUUGGAGUUUGGACCCAUAACAUGCUGGAUAUCGUUUAAAGCUUGGUCUAUCCCUGAUUGCUGGGGGGGGGGGCAAAGCAUUUAAAGCUCCAUUCUGAGUAGAAGUUUAAGUGUACUGGAUAUCGUUUUAACCUGGUUCGGAACUGGGUAUAUUCAAGUACCUUGUGUUUUGAUCCCAUACUUUGAUCCCAUGUGUAUGGGAUCUGUGCCAGCCCAAAAUGCCCACCUUUAUGAGAAACGGAAAGGUCAUGAAUCAUGACAACUGUCAAGAAGCAGUGAGAGUUCAAAUUCUUGGACGAAAGCAGAUGGAGCUGUAAAAAGAUGCAAAUUAAAACUAAACGGAAGAUGACGCCCACGGAGGCACUUGCCUCCACAUUGAGAUGAUUAUCUCGAAAAAACAUUUGAAUCACACAAAAGUGAAUCCUAAUCUCAAUAGCACAAAAUACGGAUUACGGAGUAUGAUUUUGCAUGAAGGUGACGGCUAAAAAAAUCUACUCAUGCAAAAUUCUUAUAGACAGAAUUAUGGUUGAUAGCUCAUAAAAUUGCUAAAUGAUGAUGAUUGGUCAUUGUAAAAUGAUACUCGCUUUGUCCCUUUCUAAUUAUCUUAUUUGCCCUUUUAGGUUGUCCCAAAAUGAAUGUCAUAUUUUCAUUUUUGACAAGAAAUAUGUAAUUCAUAUCAUUUUACUUCAUUCUACUCAAAUCUCA